ACCUUGUACACACUUACAACAGCUGGCUGAUCUUCCGCGCUAUCAUUCUUCUCCCCCGAGCAGGCCUUGGGAGUUCUGUGUUCCCCAAUAUUCUCUAAUCUCGUUUGAGCCUUCACCAUGUCGAGCUUAUUUAAGUUUUCCAAGUCUGCAAAGGGCAAAUCCGAUAUCAAAGCGCCCGAGGAUCCGCCCAGGCGCGCUCCGACGGACUCAUCCUAUUAUGACUGCCAUGGUAUCAUAAAUGAUACGACGGACCCAAACGCCCGAGCGUGGCACUAUGCGAGAGACGUCAGGGCUCAGGUCCAAGCCGAAAAGCCUCGCAAGGCCGCCCGGGGCCGCAAAUAUCCCUCGUACUUCGCGAAUCACGGCCAGGAAGUUCCCAAUUUGUCUAUGGCGAGACCCUACAUGCACGUCCCAAUCAUCCCGGGACAGUCCAAGCCCUCCCACGCGCAAGGAGUCGCCCCCGGAGCACAUCGUGCAGUCUACAACGACAAAAGGCGAGCGAGAGUGGAUGUGAUCUAUCACGAUCCAAACAAGCCAAUACCUCCUGCCUCACGGCACCGCCCUUUCUCCAAGGCCGACUAUGUUCCAAAGGCCUCGAAAGCAGUCACAACGCAACAGCCUGCACGUCUUUGAUGUAGCGUACUCGCAGUCGUCCAGUCUCUUAUGGUAGUUACGGUUUUAUCGUUCAAGCUGAUGGGUAUGGAACGAUGGUGGUGAAUAGAUGUAACUUGUAGGGUAUUGUAUAUGAGGUCAAAUUGAGUGUAUGGUAUAUUCGUAUUUCUCCAUUUUAUCGUUGUAC